AUGAAAGAUUUGGGUGCACUUAGCUACUUCCUUGGCUUGGAAAUUUCUCAGGAUUCCUCUGGUUAUUUUCUUACCCAAGCCAAGUAUACUUCUGAUCUUUUGGCUCAUGCUCGCCUUACCGAUUGCAAGACUGUCACUACUCCAGUUGAUCCUCAAAAUUGUUUUACACCUCUUGACGACCCCCUAUUGUCAGAUGUAACUUUAUAUCGUCAGCUAGUUGGUAGUCUUGUCUAUCUCACAGUUACUCGCCCAGAUAUUGCUUAUGCUGUUCAUAUUGUCAGUCAAUUUAUGACUGCUCCUCGCUCUCCACACUAUUCUGCUCUGGUUCGCAUUUUGUGCCAUCUCAAAGGAACUUUGUUUCAUGGUCUUCACUAUUCCCCUCUCUCUUUUCUACAACUGCAAGCCUUUUCCGAUGCCGAUUGGGCAGGGGAUCCUACCGAUCGUCGUUCCACUACUGGGUUCUGCUUCUUUUUGGACAACUCUCUCAUUUCCUGGCGUAGCAAGAAGCAAACCCUUGUUGCUCGUUCUACUGCCACUAAUCUUUAUUGUGACAAUCAAAGUGCUAUUCAGAUUGCCCAUAACGAUGUCUUCUAUGAUCGCACCACGCAUAUUGAGAUCGAUUGCCACUUCAUACAACAGCAUGUUACUAGUGGCCAUGUUGGUCUUCUCUUUGUUACCUCUGCUGAUCAGACCGCUGACCUCUUCACCAAAGCUCAUCUUCCAGGCCGCUUCUCUGAUCUCCUCUCCAAGCUCAAAUUGAUAUCUGACUUACCACCUUGA